CUGUUGGUCUCCUCAAUUCCUUCCUAAAUUUAAUUUUAAUCUCAAAGGAGGCUGUGGUAUAGUGGGAAGAACCCUGGAUUUGGAGCCUGAGGACCUGAAUUUGAAUCCUGUCUUUACCUGUCUUUACUCCCAGUGUGACCUUCUUAAUCUCCUAGAUCUUCAGUUUCUUCAGCAGUAAAAUGAAGGGUCGGAGUAGGUAACUGGGGGCAAGGAUGGUCUGGCCUGGGGAAGGGAAUAAGGAGGCAGGUGCACUGGCAUCCCUGAUCCACUGAGGCCUGAGGCUGUGGGCCAUGGCAGGUCAGCCCCUGGCCUGGCUUUCCAGCCUGCCCACCGCUGUGGUCUAUGGUUCCUUGUCUCUAUUCGUUUCCAUUCUACACAAUGUGUUCCUUCUCUACUACGUGGACACAUUUGUAUCUGUGUACAAGAUUGACAAACUGGCCUUCUGGGUCGGAGAGACGGUGUUUCUCCUCUGGAAUAGCCUCAAUGAUCCACUCUUCGGCUGGCUCAGUGACCGUGUCUUCCUCAGCUCCCCACCCAGGGCAGGGGCUUCAAUCCCAUCCCAGGAUGUGGUUCUGACGAGGCUCCGGGCUCUUAGCCGGCAUGGCCCACUGCUGGCUCUCGCUUUUCUGGCAUUCUGGGUGCGAUGGGCACCCACAGGGAUGCAGUUCUUGCUUUGUUUGUGUCUAUAUGACGGCUUCCUGACCCUGGUAGACCUCAAUCACCACGCUUUGCUGGCUGACCUGGCCCUGUCUGCCCAUGGCCGAACACACCUCAAUUUCUAUUGCUCUCUCUUCAGCGCAGCUGGCUCCCUCUCCGUCUUUGCCUCCUACACUGUAUGGAACAAGGAAGAUUUCUCUUCCUUUCGUGUCUUCUGUGUGGUUCUGGCUGUCUGCUCUGGUCUUGGCUUUACUGGAGCCACCUGGCUACUUAGGCAGCGGUUUGAGACAGAAAGGAGGACACUGGGGGCCCCGUACUCAGCCUCAGAGGGCCCGGAUGUGGAGAAACCAUCAGCAAAUGAGGAGGAAAAGAGAGUCACCCUGGGCGAGUACCUCCAGCAGCUGGCACGCCACCGAAACUUCCUCUGGUUCGUAGGCAUGAACUUGGUACAGGUCUUCCACUGCCACUUCAACAGCAACUUUUUCCCUCUCUUCCUGGAGCACCUGCUGUCAGACCAGAUCUCUCUCUCCAUGGGCUCUUUCCUGCUGGGGGUGUCCUACAUCGCUCCUCAUCUCAACAACCUCUACUUCCUGGCGCUGUGCCAAAGGUGGGGUGUUUAUGCAGUGGUUCGAGGGCUCUUCUUUCUUAAGCUGGGCCUCAGUGUACUCAUGUUGCUGGCUGGACCAGACCACCUCCACCUGCUUUGCAUCUUCAUUGCCAGCAACCGUGUGUUCACGGAGGGUACCUGUAAGCUGCUUACCCUGGUGGUCACAGACCUGGUGGAUGAGGACUUGGUGCUGAAUCGCCGGAAGCAGGCUGCUUCAGCACUUCUCUUUGGGAUGGUGGCCUUGGUGACCAAGCCAGGCCAGACCUUUGCCCCACUGCUGGGCACUUGGCUUCUUUGCUUCUAUACUGGGCAUGACCUUUUCCAGCAGCCCUUGCUGACCCCGGUGGGCAGUGCAAGGCCUUGGUUGGAUCCCCCUGCCCCACCUCGGGCACCAACAUUACGUCAGGGAUGCUUCUACUUGCUGGUGCUGGUGCCCAUCAUGUGCGCGCUGCUACAGCUCAUCACUUGGUCCCAGUUCACCUUGCAUGGGAGGCGCCUCCAUAUGGUUAAGGCCCAACGCCAGAGUCUGUCCAAGCCCUGGACUCUGGAUGUUAAGACUGUCUGAGGGGCUUCAGGCGAAGCCAGACUAUGGUGCUGGUUGCCCAGCUACUCUGUUACCUGAGCCAGGAGCUGGGAACUUCUUCACCCGGGCUCUCCUUCUCUGGCUUUGUUUCUCAGGUAUAGCGGGAAGUAACGUGGCUGGGGAAUGAAACCUCCAAGGUUUUUCCUUGGACCCAGAUGCUGAGGUCACAAUUCUCCAUCCUUCCUCUCACCUCCUGGCAGUUAACUCAGGGUAAAGGCUAUGAAGUGGGUCCUUGGGAUCUGGUCAUCAGCUGCUUUAAGCAGCUAAAAAGAAUCAGUAAUCAGGUAGGACUGAGUGGGGGAGGGGUCUCCCCCCCAGUCCUCGCCCUUUGUUGUGUGCCUAACACAUAGACAUUGAAUGGAGUAUUUAAUUGUCCCCUGCAAAGAAUGGGCACAGGGAGGGCUGAGGGCAGGCCCCUUCAAAAGCUUGGUUUGGCUCUGCCAGCUUGGGCAGGGGUUACAGAAGCUAUUCCCUGUAAGGAUGGUCAGCUUGAUGUCAGUGGGCCUACGUGACUGCCAGAGCUUGGCCUGUAACUGAAGAUCAAGGUGGUGACACUUUGUGAGUGCCUCCCUUCCCCAAACUCUUGUUAUUUGAAGUCCUCUCUACUUUGUAUUCCACUUAGGCCAGGAAGGGACUCAUUAAAGCCAGUAAAUCAUU